UUAAAUCAAUGUUCAGUAUCGUCGACCUUCACUUCAACAAGCUUCAAUGGAAGAACCCAUUCUUACCAUCAUCGUCUGAAUUCUUGGAUUACUCGUCAAACAACAUAACCUCCAUGAUACCAAAUAUUUCAACUUCUCUUAAAGCCACCAAGUUUCUUUCUCUUUCUAGAAAUCAAAUUACUGGAGAAAUCCCUUCAUCCAUAUGUCAUGAAGCCUUUGUUCUAGAAGUUCUUGACCUGUCGUAUAACAACUUGAGUGGACCGAUACCCCCAUGUCUGGGAUCUAUUGAAUCCCUCACAGUUUUAGAUUUAAGAGGAAAUAACUUUCAUGGAAAUAUACCCGACACCUUUCCAAAAAAAUGUAAUAUGAUGUCAUUAAACCUCAAUGGAAACAAAUUAGAAGGGCCACUGCCAAGAUCUAUUGCCAAUUGUAAAAUGUUAGAGGUUUUAGACCUUGGAAAUAAUAAACUGGCUGGUAAUUUUCAAUAUUGGUUAAACAGUAUGUCGAUGUUGCGUGUGCUAGUGCUGCGGUCCAACAAAUUACAUGGCGCAUGGGGAAAUCAAGGAGCUAAGUAUAACUUUCCACUGUUACAAAUCAUAGACAUCUCCUCUAAUAACUUUUCAGGUACUCUAUCAAAAAACUGGUUUUCAAGUUUGAAGACCAUGAUGGUAAAAGAAGCACAUGGGAACAACGAGAAUCAAAUAUUAAGUUUUAACAAUCCCAGCCGCGUUAUCUAUUACCAGCAAACAGUGACGGUUAGAAGCAAAGGAAUAGACCUGGAACUCAUAAAGGUUCUGACCAUUUUCACAAGCAUUGACUUCUCAAACAAUAAAUUUGAAGGAAAGAUACCAGAAGGCGUUGCAUAUUUUACGUCGCUUCGCAUUCUCAAUUUCUCAGGUAAUGCUCUCACAGGAUCGAUCCCAUCAGCUUUUGGGAAUCUUACGGAUUUGGAGUCCUUAGACCUUUCGAGAAACAAGCUGACUGGAGAAAUUCCCUCCCAGUUAGCAACUUUGUCAUUCCUUUCAUUCUUGAACCUUUCCUUCAACAACCUAGAGGGGAAAAUUCCAUCGGGCAGUCAGAUACAAACUUUCGAACCAAGUUCCUUUGAAGGGAAUGCUGAAUUAUGUGGUUUUCCCCUACCCAAAAACUGCAGCAGCAGUAUUAUAGAGUCACCACAAAAUUCUUUGAAUUCUGAAGAUAAAUUUGAUUGGGUAUUACUCGUACUGGCUUUCUUGGGAUUUGUUGUGGGUGCUGGCAUGGUUAUUGGUCUUCAGUUUUUUUGGAAAAAGGGAAGAGACUGGGCUAAUGAACGUAUGAAUAAAAUCCUUAAAAUCACUUAAGAUAAUGUAAUGUAAAGAUGUAAUCAGGUAAUUGCAAAUAAUAUUUUGAACAAAUGUUUUGCUUGAAAAUGUUUAAUGGAUUAAA